AUGUUAAUUGAUUUUUUAAUAACAAGUGGCAUAGUAUGUGUUUACGGUUUUUCUCUGGCUUCUAAUAACCUGAGCAUGCCUGAGAUUCUUCCCCCCGAUGAGUUGGAAAAGUAUAAAAAGGUCUCUCCCGCCGUAGAAAGGCUUUCCAGGAUAAACGACGGACGCGAUAGGUCCGGCUGCUACGCAAUCGCAUUAAUUUCAGGGAAUCCCAGAUGGAUUGAAAAGGGUCGUUACUACGACGUGUAUCGCAUUCACCAACAAGUUGGUAAGCAGAUUUACCUUAACAGGAUUGAGUUUUUUCAUUCUGACCAGGGCUGGUUUGUGAACGGUGAGCCUUACUUACAGAACAUCAGGGCUGUCGCCACUGUGCUGAAGCACUUUAGGAGUCCUAAAAUGAGGACUGUCAAGUUCCGGUCAAAAAAACAUUACAAGCGAACGAUCGGCCACCGUCAGGAGAUGACUCGAAUUUUAAUCGACGACUUUGAAGUAUUGAGGAGUAAUGUGAACAUCUUCACUCAUGAUCCCGUCAACUUUCCUCUUCUGAAAAUGCAGUUGAUUAGGUACCCUAGCCUUGAACUUAAGAAAAUGAAACACAAUACUGUCAGGGGGAUGACUAAGGAUGAAAUUGGGAUAAUUGGCAAAACCCCUCUCGACCACUUCGACCCAGUUUACAACCGGCUAAUAAUUCAGCAACAAUACAAUAAUUUUAUAUAA